AUGGCAGACGACAUCAUAGCACUGAGGAUUCAGGUGGCUGCUCUGGAGGGACAAAACAGUCAGCUCCGCACUGAGCUGUCUGUGCACCAGGACCUCAGCCAAAAUCUGCUGGAUAGCACAGAUAUCGAAGGCGUGAUGAAGACUGAGAUUUCUGAGCGAAUGGGUAACAUUUAUUCCUAUGUGUGCUGUUUCUCCUGCUCUGCUGAAGUUUCCCUGAAAGUCAAGCUGGCCAGUGAGAGGAGUAAAGUUGCCUCACAAAGGGACAUCAUCAACCAGCUGCAGAAUGAACUGAUCCACAAGAAUGAGAGUGAGAAGGACCUGCUGAAGCUUCAGAGAGUCUACACUAAGCAGCACAAGGACAUGCAAAGCUACCAGAGAUGCGUUGCAAAGAUAGCAAGUUUGGAGAUAUUGCAUUAA